AUGGAAUGCGUAGGGUGGCCGAGGGAAGCUGAAAGUGUUAAAUGUAGUAGUGGCAGCCCUGGCCCUGAGGAGUUGGUAGACAGGUAUUAUAUUCUGAAUGGCUACAAUAAGCUCGAAUUGCCGGGCGGUGGACAUGUGCGAGUUUCGGUUGAGAUUUGGGUGCAGGAAGUGUCAAAAAUCAUAGAAAUCACCUCAGAAUUCGAGUUAGAUAUCUAUGUGACUGAGAGAUGGACAGAUCCUGCACUUGCCUACUCACAUCUGAAUCCGUGCAAAAGCAACAUGUCAGUCGACGGGCGGACGAUCUUGGAAAAAAUAUGGAAUCCUCAUGCAUGUUUUGUCAACAGCAAACUAGCAAAUAUCCAUUCAAGCCCGUUUAAGAACAUUUUUCUGCAAAUUUACAGCAAUGGCAGCAUUUGGCAUAAUUAUCGGAUCAAAUUGACGGGACCAUGCUCGAAUACAUUGCGAACAUUCCCCAUUGAUCAACAGAGAUGCAUGCUAUUUUACGAGAGCUUCACACACAAUCAUGAACAGGUGGAGAUGGAAUGGAUCGAUACAGUACCACCUAUCACUAUCAUGAAAGGCAAUAUCACAUUGCCCGAUUAUGUUUUGGUGGACUUCUCAGCGAGUAGUGAACUUAGACUGUAUCCACCUGGAAUUUUCAAUGAAUUGAUAGCUACGUUCACUUUUCAACGGUUGUACGGUUUUUAUAUUUUACAGGUUUACGUUCCUGCCUAUAUUUCUGUGUUUAUUUCUUGGGUUUCAUUUUACCUCGGUGCUGAACAAAUACCUUCUAGAACUACAGUCGGUGUAAAUUCUCUUCUUGCGCUCACAACAUCGUUCAUUUUCCUCGUUGUGCAAUGUGAAUUAGACAAUAAUGAGUUAACAAAUCCGUUUGAAGGCAUCACCCCACGAAUCUAA